AUUUGAAGGUUUCUGUAGCAAUCAAAGGUGUGGUUGAGUGGUUCCCUUUUAUAUUUUUCCUCUGUAUCAAGAAAAAAACAACUCAUGGGGAUUAGGAAAUGGGAACAGUACUGGUAAACUUGAGUAUUUUCACCAUGUUAACAGUGGUGUAUGUAGCAGCCGCCAAAAUCACAGCUGAAGAGAGUGAUUUUUCUCCGUCACCGGCACCGGUACCGGCGGUGGGAAUGGACGCUGGAGCUGGGUUUCAACUAACCCAGUCCGGGGCCUUUCUUUUGUUUUGUCUGAUCUUAUGUUACCUCUAUCUCACCGAUAGUUUAUUUGCCAAUCCCGAUCCAGACUCAUUUGCAGCUUUUGCUGAUGAUUCAGAUCAAAACUUGUUUGCAGAUAUUAUUAAUACUUCUCUUCAAGAAGAUUGUUUUCCCUCCGAAAUGGGCCUGAAUAAUCAAAUACUAUUUGGUAUUGACGUUCCUUUGACUUCAUCUGUCUUACUACAUUCAGAGAACAGAGGAGAAAUUACUACAGAUGAACCACUGCAGGACAAACAAAUGCAAUCUGUGCAUGUCAAUGAAAUUACAGUACUACACCAGAAUUAUUCACAGCCGAGAGACAAGAGUAAAGAAAAAGAUUAUUGCAGAAUUAGUCUUGGUGAUUUACAACAACAAUUUGGAAAGAAACGUAAUGAUGCUGCAGAAAGUUUAGGAGAGAACAGAGGAGAAAUUACUACAGAACCGCCAGAUGAACCACUGCAGGACAAACAAAUGCAAAUUGUGCAUGUCAAUGAAACUACAGUACUACACCAGAAUUAUUCACGGCCGAGAGGCAAGAGUAAAGAAAAAGAUUAUUGCAGAAUUAGUCUUGGUGAUUUACAACAACAAUUUGGAAAGAAACGUAAUGAUGCUGCAGAAAGUUUAGGAGUUAGUCCAAGUACAUUUAAGCGCUGCUGUAGAGCCAAUGGCCUAGCCAAGUGGUCAUGUAAAUUGAAAGUGCAGCCACAUACAACUCCUACCUUAACUCAAAGGGUGGUGGAAAGUAUGGCUACAUUUCAGAGUGACAACACCAUGAGCUUAAAGGUGUCUUACAAUGGUGUGAAUGUGAGGUUUCCACUCAUUCUUUCAUCAGGGAAAAAUGAUUUGGAAGCAGAAGUUGAGACAAGAUUUGGAAUACAAAUUGGAAGUUUUUCUAUCAUGUACGAAGAUGAAGAUAAAGAUUGGAUUCUGAUCACUUGCGAUUUAGAUUUACAUCACGGAAUGCACAUCUUAAAAAAUAAGGGCAUAACUACAAUGAAGAUAAACUUAGUAAAUCAAAUAGAAUGUGAUAGAAUUCCCAACUCGAAUGCAUAAAGUUCAAAUCAUGGAUCCGCCUCUGCCGUGUUUCCAAUAUUUAGUAUUCACCAGAGUGUUUUUUUUCCACCGGAUGAUGACAAGUUUUUUUGAGUCAAGUGGUUUACGUACUAUGGGGUUGUAAUUGUUAUACUGGUAUUAGAUGUCCUAAGAUAGUAUUACUAAGUAUGUAUCUCUUGUAUUCUUAAGAUUGUUCCACAUGGUAUUAACAACAUUAAUUCCUAGCAGCAAUUAAGAUCUCUUUCUAUCUUCUGCUUCA